AUGCUGCCAGACGAGGCUCGGGCUAUCCUCGCCGCCGAGCCUCCUGUACCCGUUCAACCAAGACACUUACCUUCAUCGGAUCCGAGGCUGGCCACAGAGAUUCUUCCCUCGCCGCCUCCACUGUCGAGCUUGUUCCCGCCGUCCAAUUCGCAUCACAGGAAACCCGCGAGCGUGCUAAGCUAUCUUCCCAUGCUGGAUCCAGGCUCUACCUAUGUAAACUCUAUAAGCCUGACCCUCAGUGAUGGCGGCACGAUCCACCCUGCCGGCGAGCUGGACGAACAUCGUAAGAAGAAGCGAUCCAGACACGAGAAACCUCCUCUGGCUGCAAGGCCUCCAACGCGAAGCUCUGGACGAACAACUACGCCCAACAAUGCCACACUCCCUCCGUCCAUCUCGCAGGAAGCGUCCAAAGAGAAUGGUCCUGCCACAACGGCUUCAACUCGCGCCAGUCGACAGGUUUCGCCCUUGGGCGGGCAAGCGCCCACCAUGUCCGGUCCAGAUGCCUCUACAAUCCGUAGGAGUGGCAGAAAGGUCAAGCUCACACUCUCCGAGUCGAUAUCUGGGCCGCAAGACGUUGGGACGGCGCCUGUAUUACCGUCUAUCGCACCCUCCACAACACCAGAAGGUCAGGCGGCUCUACCCGUCAGCGAAGAGCGUUCUUCAAGUGUCUUCAAUCAGAACAAGGAACUCUAUGGCACGGAUGGUGUCUCGGCCGUGCGCUACAAGGGCAAAAACAAGACCAGCGAAGACGGCGGUAUGGCCGGCGAGGAGGUGUCGAAUAUCAACAGCGCAUUCUUGUCAUUCUUGCUGGACAUGGGACUGAAUUUUCUUCACUUUUCCAAGGACACGGGGCGCAUGCCUUCGCCCAGUCCUCAGUUUGGCACCGAACUGUUUGGUCCAUUGCUCGCUCGGCUCAAGACGAAAAAUCCAUCCGAAUUCCAGUUGCCAGAGGAGAUUCGCCACUAUUAUAAGAAUGUCGUCACGGGACCACGUGGUGGGUACAUUGACGGGCGCAAGUGGAAGCUGGCAAAGGGAAACAAGCAACUCUUGUUCGAGGACCGCGAUCUGUACAAGACGCGAGACCGCAACAAUCGACCCGUCCUCUGUUUCAGAUGUGGAGGCUCCGCCGUCCGAAGCGCCAUCAGUGGGGAUGUGCAGAUGCAAAGCCUUGCACCCCCGUCGCCGACCAGCUUGAAGCAAGAAAUGAUGGAGGAAUCUCUGGCGACAGCUCUUGCCCAACCCGCCGACAACCCUUUGGACAGCUUAUCGGCUGCCGCAUUGGCAAUUCUACAAGAGCCGGUAACCCCAGUCGUCGAGCAGAGCGAACACAGUCUUAGUCAAGCAUCCAUUGCUCCUACUAAUAUGGAAGAAUCGGGCACGCAACCGACCAAAGCGAAAGCGACGGGCAAGCGAAAACGAGAGGUCUCGCCACCAUCGGGUAUGGGCCUAGUUUCCGACAAUAACUCGCAAAAUGGGCCUCGAACGCGAAGAAGGACCGAGAAUCAUGGACUGAGCGUACGGCCUCCAGUUUACGACUUGACUGAUGGCGGUCGACCGAUUCUCUCAUGCGACUAUUGCCCGCUGCAUUGGCACAUGGAUUGCUUGGAUCCUCCUAUGACUGCCGUACCUGCCCGAGAACGCAAAUGGAUGUGUCCCAAUCACAUUGAACACAUUUUUGCAAUCAAACCAAGAAUACCAAAACACCCACCUACCGAACCAGUCGACGUUUCCGAGGCCGGAUAUCGCAACUCUGGAUUGAUCAACAUUAUUUCUGACGACGCCCCGCCACCUCCGCCCCCACCUCGCAAGCGAAAGCAUACUGUCAAAAUGGGCAAGAUUGAAGACAUGUGGGUUGGUGCUAAGCGCUAUCGCGUUCCCGAGGCCGUGGUAACUCUCAACUUUUGGCGCAAAAGAACCCAUAUUCCCCCUUAUAGACUGCGACGGUCUGGUACUCGCUCUUCCAUGGAUGUCGACGGGUCAGAUGAGAGUAGUUCCUCAUCCUUGACGGAAUUGAGCUCGUCUGAUGGCGAGGGCAAAAAAUCUGGGCAAUCAGAUAAGGAAAAGAUGCCCAGGGAGACUCGUCCACGCGCGUCUCGAGGUAGAGGAAUGGGACGCGGUGGGGGCCGAGGUAGAGGACGAGGUCGUGCUUCAUCUCCACGAGUUCCUUCGCGCCAACUCCCAAAACGGGGAGUCAAAAAGGAAGAGCCGACAGAGGAGGUCCAGCGUUCAUCGCCUUCGACAGCAGAAGGCGACGCUGUUCUCGAUGUAAGGGCCAUUUCCCCACAAGCUUUGCAAGAGUUUGAUCCUCACCAGGCUCCGUCGCCCUCCAAGCCCGCAACUGUCAAUUCCAAGGGUGGCCUCACGCUCCGAAUACCCAAGCCCGCCGACUCUCCCCUACGACAAGGACGAGCACAAAGACACCCUUCCGAUGGUCCUACGGCAAGCCAACAGCAACUCAAUGGGAUAUCCAUGAAUGGCGAUAUUUUCAUAUCUCCUGAGCCGUCCGUAGCUCCUUCGAGCAAGCCAGCGUCUAUGAGAGGGAGACGAUCGCUCGGUCCAGGCACUUCUACACGUACUGGGCUUCGCUCGUCUCGUGGUCCUCUCCCGAUGGCCGGAGGUCCCUUCAUGGCCAACGAUACAGACGAUUCAUCCAACCUUCACGCGGCAGCAGAAUCUCCAGCAGCGUCGAGGAGUCAGUCGCCUGCUUUCCCUAUUCACCCCUCACUGAAUGGAGGAGACAAGGAGAUGAUUACCGAGCCCGAGUACUAA